CUCUAUCAUAUGCUAGAUAAGUGCGUGCGCAUUACACGAGGACAAGGUAACCAAAUAAACUACUGUUCUUGUUAUAGGUUGGAUAAAUGGAUACUGGUGUUCGUUAUCUGACAAGUUCGGUUAACAGGGAGCGACGUCAAGACACUUGGAUUAAAAAAAUGGUUCAGACCGACUACUAGUUUAAAAGUUUUCUUAAACAUCUGUUACCUUUAGUUUCUACAACCGUGACCGCGAAGAUAUGGACCGACAGAGUUAAGACUUUCUGAAGAUACAUCUCGAUUUGUCUGUGUAGGUGGCGAGUUCAUCCGCGACAAAACUUUUUCUUCUUCUAAGUGACGUGAAGUUUGCUGCCCCACCCCUCCUCAGUGAUGUGCAGCUCAGAAUGGGUUAAUAGCUGAGACCACAAACAGGGAGGAGACUACCUACAAAACACUCAAUCUCACAGCACUGGGUGUGAGAGGGAGAGGACUGAGAGAUGGGCUUGCUGCGGAGGAACCUCAAGGUCCUGGGGACGGUAAUGAUGGUCAACCUCUUUAUCUUCAUCCUCGUGUCCCGCAACAGCGGGCAGGACAAGAACGAGCGGCAAAAGGUACUUGUGCCAUCCAAACCCUUUUGGGCCAAACAGACUCCUCACCAGGCCUACUGGAACCACCAACAGCAGAUCCUGGACCUCCAGCACAAUCCCAUCUUUGCAGCCAAUAACAGUGCUCUAGAUGUCAAGGUUGUAGAUUGGCUCAACGACACAGGCCUGAAACUCAACCCCUGUCAGCCAGACUUCCGAGUCCCCACUCGGGUCAAAGACUUCAACUCCCUACCAGAGCGCUAUAAAGACUUCCUCCUGUACAUGCGCUGUCGUACCUAUCCCUUAGUGGUGGACCAGCCACACAUCUGCAAAGAGAAGCCUUUUUUGCUGUUGGCCGUCAAAUCCCUCGCACCGCACUUUGACCGGCGGCAGGCCAUCCGCGAGUCUUGGGGUCGUGCGGGCCUUAUGGCCAAUCAGACAGUCGCCACGGUCUUCCUGCUUGGCAACGCCACAGCAGUCGACCACCAUCCGGACCUCUCCGGGAUGCUACGCUACGAGAGCGCUCAGCACCACGACAUCCUCCAGUGGGACUACCGGGACUCUUUCUUCAACCUGACCGUGAAGGAGGUACUGUUCCUCGACUGGAUGCGGACCCAGUGCCCCGAUGCCAAGUUCAUCUUCAAAGGUGAUGAUGACGUUUUCGUCAACACCCUCCGCAUCUUGGAGUUCCUCAAGGGUUUGACGGGGCCCAAGGCUCGCAACCUGUUUGUGGGCGACGUGAUCACCAACGCUGGGCCGCAUCGUGACAAGAAGGUGAAGUACUUCAUCCCGGAGAGCAUGUUUGUGGGGACCUACCCGCCUUAUGCUGGGGGUGGGGGGUACUUGUAUUCUGGGGACCUGGCACACCGUCUGCACAACGUCUCCCAGCGUGUGGCACUUUACCCCAUCGACGAUGUCUACACUGGCAUGUGCCUCAGGAAGAUGGGCCUUGCUCCCGAAAAGCAUAAGGGCUUUAGGACUUUUGACAUUGAUGAGAAGUACAGGGCCAACCCCUGCGCCUACAAGAGUCUGAUGUUGGUGCACAGCAGGACACCGCAGGAGAUGAUUCAGAUCUGGUCUUGGCUCAACAACCCUGACUUGAACUGCCAGUGACCUUCUUUGUGGGCAAGGGCGUUUUCUCGGUGUGAACUGGUAGUGGCCACUCAGUGGCUAAUGUGUAGGAGUCGUCACUUUUUUUCAUUUUUUAUAAAGGGUUUAAGUGUCCACUGUUGUUUUUAUUUUUCUGGGGCCAUGCCUGUAAGCUUUGGACAUCGGCAGCUUGGUGUUUAUCACUAUGAUGAUUCUUGGAACUUUCUUAAAGUAGAACCGAAGAUUGUCAUUGUCAUUUUAACAACUCACUGAUCGAGGGCAUAAUGGCACGAUAGUGUAAGUGUAACUUUAACGGUGCACAGUGUUUUGACCAAAAGUCCUCUUUACUUCCCUCCCCCACAUUAACCUAUCCAGUUUUUGCGUGCACAUAUUUAUAUCCCAAGUAUGUAAAUGGCCGUUAAGAUGCUUUUAAGAUUGUGUGUCUGUCCCCUGAAGGGACUGUAUUAAGAAACAAAUAGGUGUUCAACUAGUGGCGUGUUCCAGUUACUCUACCCUGUUCCCUGAAGUGUAUAUAAUGAUUAACAAAAAAAAAGCAUCCCUACCUCUCUAAUUUCAAAUGAAGCUGAAUGAGACUGUUUUCAAAGCAAUCCCAUAUUUUUAUAUUCAUGAAGGGAAUCGAGAGUGCACACUUCAGGGAAUUGAGUAAAGAGCCUGAAGACACUAUUGUUUGGCUGUUCUGUUCUAUAGGUGAAAAGUGUUCAAAUAAAUCCAAAUGCUGUCCUCUUUACUUCUUCUGUCUCUUUGGCUGGUCAGAAUUGUAAAAAAUAUUUUUUCAUCGAGACCAAAGCCCAGAGAAAAAGUUAUGUUUGAUCAUCUUCCUUGGCCAUUUAGCUAUGCCUGUAAGUUAUUGCUCUUAUUGCCGUCUGAAAACCGUUUUUGAAAAAUCAUCGGAAUCAAAAUAUUGGUCCUAUGCGUACGAUCCAAAGCUUUCCAUUUCCCCAUACCUUGUUAAAAGCAUGAGCCUUUAAUAAUGUGUUUUGUUUGUUUGGAACUUGUCCUAUUAUUGAAAUGCAUUUUGUUCACUGAUUUGUGGGUUUAUUUUAAGUUAAAUGUAUUUAUUCUCUGCAUAAUGCUUUGCUGGAUUUACAGUUAUAAUGUUUUGGGUGUUGUGUUUGUUAUAAAUUCUCUGUUCUGUGACAUUGCAAAGACGUAUCUCAUGCUAGCUAUGUAUGGGAGUGAUGAUGCACAAUUUUAGUCCAAUUUGUUGGUUCUUGUGCAUCUUCCGAUGUGCGCUCUGGUUCCUUUUAAAACGUAAGACUUGAAAAUGAAUGAUGACAAGAACUGUUCUUUUGCUGUACCAAAGAAGUCAAUGAAUAGCUUUCAAUGGUGAUAUAGUUUAACAUGCAAAUACGCAUCUGCUGUAAACACUGAUUGAGGAAGUCAGAGAAGAAAGAUACGGUUCUGAAAUGCAACAAUGGAGAUCAACUCCACAAAUCCUCCUUCCGCCGUGAGGAUGAAACCAAUAUCCGGCCUGCCGUCAGUGAUCUGAAACACUUUACAAAGUGGUCUGUCCUCCCCCCUCCUUUUCUCCUUUAAACCUUUUAACGAUUCAAAUGACUUCUCAUUUGAGAGAAAGGAAGGAAUAAUUUUUUUGUAUUCAUAUGGGGGCCUGAGCAAAAUCAUUCACACUACCAAGAAGUAGAUGCAGUGUUUCUGCUUCUUAAUAAUGUUGUUAGAGCGCCACCUGCUGGACAGGUGUCUACAGUUCCAUUUUAGAUACGGGAGCUGGUGUUUUAAGUGGCCCCAAUGACCCAAAAGGUCUUGUUCAAACGCUUCCUCUCCUCCUUGUGUGAAUAGGAUUCUCUCACCCAUAUUCCACUUCACCCCUCAUUUCAUGAGGGAAGUCUUCUCAUGGGAAUGAGGAAGACUUUGAUACAGUAGGAAGAGAAAAAGGACACAUCUGAAAAGUAUUAUAGUGGUACCUAGAACAUGCAGCGUAAUGCAGUUGAGUCUACCCACAUCUCACUGGAUCUGCUGAGCAGGGGAUCUAUUCAUUGACACGUUUUCAAACAGUUCGGUCCAUUUCCUUGCAGGUUGCACUCGGUGCUGUCAGGUCAGAAGCUAGGAGAAUGUUUACAAGUGUAAAUACAUUGUCAUAUGUUCUGUUAUCCAUUUAGCCAUUAUUAUUUAACCAUUACUUAAGUAUCUGCUACACAACUGACGUCUCAGUCAUGCAGAUGGAAGUGACAAGGUCUUGGUGUUCAAAGUACUGUCCAUUUAGUUACUGAUGGGCAUCUCCAUUCAUACAUAAUGGGAGUCAGUUGGUAUAACUGGUAACAUUUUCCAAAGCUCAUUAUAGUUUGAUGCAAAUAAUUUGUGUCUGUCACGGUUCCAGUAUCAGUAUCUACAUUUCAGAGGUCAUUAUGUUUAGGUGACAACUGAUUUCUCAAGUUCUCCAAGAUAAAUGCUCUUUUUUGUUGUUGCUGCUUUGAGAAACACAAUAUCACGAUAUCUAACCUAUCAAUUGGAAUUGCAAGUUUUAGCAUCACUGACAUAUGAUAUGCAUAACAUAUUCACUGUGAGAAAAAUACUUUUAUUUUCUGCGUUAAAUCAUUUGUUUACUCUUGUUGUCUGUAUUGCUUCUGUAAAAAAAACUCAUGAUGACAUUAGAUACAAUUUUACUGUAUCAGGUCUCUGUUCAUCAACUGCUCCUGCAUUGUAUUCUUAAGUCAGCCCAAACCUUUUUGAAGCAUGUUCUAAUUGUGUAUGGUUGGACCUGGACUUCUUCUGCACUAUAAAGACAUGUAUACCAAAAUGUGUCUGUUGUUAAUUGAGUUAAAUUGAGUCAUACAUCCAUUGUUCUGUCAAUUUCUGUUUAUAUGGCUAUCCCAAGAAAUACGGUGAUUCUUAUUUUAUGGUUUUGAUCAUUUCAUUAAAGUAUAAUUGAAUGUUUUCUUUUGUAAA